AUGAAUUAAAAAUUUGAAUUUCAUAAAAUUUAUCAAAAAAUUGAAUUCCAAUCAUAUAAUUUAAUUAAUUAAUACACAGAUAAUUCAAAAAAAAAAUUUAUAUUAUUUAUUAAUCAAAAAUUAAAAAAGUUUAUCAUUAACUGUAAAUAUUUUAAUUGUAAUAAUUUCUUGUUCAAUUUUUCAACCGACUAUACAAAGGAACAGCAAAUUUAUAAAAGCUAAAUAAUUAAUUAGGGUAAAAAAUAAUACAUAGUCUAUUAGUUUGCUAAUAAAAACAUGAUAGAAACAUCUACUCAACCUAGUGAUUAUGGGUUCUUUAGGAAUUUAGGCCAAGUUAGACAAGCAUUAAUGGAAAUAAAAAAUUAGAUUAGCAAUUAAUAGUAGCAAUAAAAUGUAACAAAAUAUUAACAAUAGCAGUAGCAAUUAUAGUAGUAAUCAUAAUAAAUUUUACUUUAGCCGUAAUCAGAUUUUAAGAACUUAGAUUAUAUGAAUAAAAGAGCAAGGAGUGUUGGACAAGGUUCUAAAAGAUAGUUUGUAAAUGGUCCUAUUAGUCCUUAUCAAAGCUAAUUUGAUUAAUAUAACUAAGAGAAUGAGAGAUUUUAACAAUAAUUCUAAGUUAAAAGAUAAAAUUUUUUUCAAGAUUAGAUGAAUCCUUAAUUUUACAAUUAGUAGGCUCAUUAAAUUGACUUUGACCCUAGCUAUAGUAUGAUUCUAGAGCACGAUAAUUCUUUAGAUUACUAUAAUUAUAUGUAGUAUGGAAGGAGUGCCCCUUCAGCUAGCCAAAGAUAUCACUUAUUUUCUAAUCAUAGUCCUGUGCCUAGAGACAAAUCUUUUGUAAAUAAUAAUAUUUUUUUAUAGAAUCCUGAUACAAAAUUAUAAUAAGGAAAUUUAAAUGCAACUAAAUAGCUUAAUAAUUCAACAAUGAAUGGAAUUAAUAAGAAUUUUAUAAAUGGAUCUGCUAUUUACGAUAGUCAUCAUAGCAUCAAACUAAGCAAUUCGUUUGGGAAUUAAGUAAAAUAAUUGCACGAUGUUACUAUGGAUUUUGCAGGAGAUGACAUAAUAGAGCUCAAUUCAUAUAAUAAUGGUAUUCAGCAUGAUGCUAAUUUAUCUUAAAAUUCUAUGAUUGUAAGCAAGAGCUUCAAUGAGAACGCCUAACAAACUCAAGGAGUUUAUUAAAAUUCUUAAAAAAACUCAAAAGAAGAAGCUCUAUCCUCUUCAAUAGCUUUAACCAAAAAGCAGGAUGCUUCAGAAUUACAAUAGCAAUAAUAAUAGCAAAAUCAGUAGUUACAGAAUUAGUAGUAGUAAUAAUAAUAAGUAUCAACCUAAGAUUAGUUAUCGUCUGUUUUGUAAUAGCAGUAGCAGCAACAACAAUAACUAUAAUAGCUUAAGGAAUAAUAACAAUAAUAGCUUAAGGAAUAAUAACCUCUUACAAUUGCAGAAAGAUUAGAAAUUAAAUUUCUAAAAUAAACAAUAGAUUAAUUAUGUGAAGACAAUUAAGUAAUAUACAAUAAUUUCAUGGAUAGCUUGAAGGUAAUAGAAGCAUUGAAGAAAAAAAUUUAAGAGUAAGAUGUUGUAAUAAAAUCUUCUUAUGAUAAAUUAAAAGCAGAAUAUAUAAAGAUCAACCAUUCACACAAAAUACAAUAGGAGUAAAAUAAAAACCUCGAAAAAAUGGUGAAAAUAUGGAAAAGUAAAUUUGAAAAAUUGAAAGAAAGUAUCAAGAAAGGAAUAGAAGAAGAAUUGUAGCAUGUUAAUGAAAAUUAAAAUAUAAUAUAACAACUCAUAGUAGAAAAUAAUUAACUUAGAGAAUUGUUAAAUAUAUCAUAUAGUGAUGAUUUAAUCAAAAAGGUUGAGUUAAAACUAGAUGAAGUUGAAAAUGAUUUCUUUAGUAGUCACUGUUAAAAAAAUAAGCCUCCUUCUGAUGUUGAAAUUAAGUAUAUGGCCUCUAACAAUAAGCUCAACAAAGAAUUUAAAAAAUUUGUUUCUGUUGAAAAAUCCUUCUAGCCUGACAAUUACUUUGCUUAGAAAAAAUAAGGGGGUUUGAUUGGUUUCUAAAAUAGCUUUCAAAAGUAGGGAAGUGAAAGUAAAGAAAAGAUAUAAGAACAAAAAGCUUUGAACUAGGCUUAAAUCAUUUAAGAAGGCAAAGAAGAGAAGAAGAAAAAAAGUGUAGAUUAUUUUGAAUAUGAAGAAGAAGAUGAAGAUGAACAAGAUUAUUCUCCUCCUUUUUCCAAUACUAUUUAGCAAUCUUUUGAGCCAGAGCAAAGUAAUAAUAAUUAGGAUCAAAAAUAAAGUAUAAUUAGUGAUAAAUUACCUCAAAACAGUUCUGAUAAUAGUGACUCUGGUAAGUCGGCAUUGCUUCAAGCUUCCCAAUAAUUAAAUUCAUAAUAACCUUAAACUUAAAAUGCAAAUAAAAAUGGAUCAGUAGGCCUGAGUCUGAAAGAUAAAUUUUCACUAUAAGAGAGUAGUAAUAAGCUCUAAAGCAUUAUGAAGCAAAGAGAAAUGUAGGCUGAAUUAGAGUCCAAAUAAAAAGAAAUGCAGACUUAUCUUGAAUCUAAACAAACUGAAAUGUUGAAUUUUGUUGAUUAGUAAUAAUAAGAAAAAGUAAAACAAUAAUAAUUGAAUUUAUUAAGCGGAUUUAAUGAUAAUGACGAAAAUUUUGAUGAAGAGGAAGAAGAGGAAGGAUACUAGGAAGAAAAUAAACUAAUUUAGAAUAAAAUUAAAAGUAAACAAUAAGCUGAACUAUCAUUGAAAAUGGAAAGUGAGAAACUCCAAAAGGCUAAAGGUAAUAAACCUGAAAGCUUAGUUAUUGAAAGUGAUAAUUCACCAGAAUAGUACUCGUUAGAAGUAAAUUAAUAGGCUGAUUAUUCUUAAAAAGCAAAAGAUCUUGGAACAUAACCAAUUAAAAAAAAUCCUGCUGUCACAAAUUUAUUUAGUAAUACUAUAAAUAAUGAAACAAAGCUAAUAAAUUAAAAUAUCAACAACGAAGAUUAUAAUCAUGAAGAUGAAGAUGAGGACGAAGAUUACGAAAACGAACCUAUGGAAGAUUGCUAUGGGCUAUCUAAAUAAAUUCCACCUUAAAAGGAGGUUAUUGAUUUUUCUGAUCGUGCUAGAGCUAAAGAAUUACUACUUUAGCAAAGCAAACAGCUUUCUUAAUAAAUGCAAAAUCCUAAAUUUUUCAAAUCAAACAGCUCAGAUAAAAGUGGUCCUAUUUCAAAUCAAAUACAAUAGUAGGAAUCAGAUUUAACACCUUAGCAAAAACAAAGACAAGAAUUUAUAAAAAUGAUGGAAAUGUCUAAAAAUACUAUUUAAUAAAACUUAUAAAGUAAUAAAAAUAAUUUAAAAAAUCAAAAAUAAGAAAAAUUUAUAGAAUCUAUCAAAGACAAGCAAGAUAAUUAGUAAAAUGUAAGCAAUAUUGAAAAUAAAAGCAAUAAAAUUGAAAGCUAGGGAGUUGAUUAAAAGGAUUCUAAAAGUUAAUUAAUUAAAGAAAACAAUGAAGCAGCUGUUGAUGAUAAUUAUGAAGAAGAUAGCUAAAAUAACAUUCCAGAGGAAAGAUUUAAUAUAGAAUACAAUGACUAAGAUCAAGGAGAUGAAGAAGAUGAUGAUGACUAGUUAGAGGAAAAUGCUUAUUUCAAUAAAAAUUAAAUUUAAAAUAAAGAUUAAGAACAAAAAAUAACAAUCAGUCCAAAUGAAAUAGAGGAAGAUGAUGAUAAUUAAGAUGAAGAAGAAGAUUCUGGGUUAUAAAACGAAGGUGAAUAAAACUAUGAUUUUGACAAUCUAGAAUCUCUCAAAAAACAACCUUACUUUAAAAAUAAGAAUAAAAGAUAUGCAAAUUGA